AUGCAUUAAGGAUCAUUCAUCACUAACACUCCUCUCGAAUAAUUGGAUGAUUUUAGGAAAGAAGUCAGAGGCAAAAUGAACCAUAUGAUUGACUAACCGAAAAAAGUAUAUUCUCAAUCAUCCAAUCUAUAACAAUUGCUAAGACAGAGCAUCUCUCCGAAACAAGUCAAAAAUUAUGAACUCAAUAAAUCCCAAGAUCCUCCCCAUCACAUUAAUCAAAUCUCAAGCAGAUUAUCCUUUCAAAGAUCCAGUCUAGACUUAGGAAAACCAACAUAGAACAUACUCUACCCCAAAAAAUAAUUAUAAGACAUACUACCAUUAAAUAAAAUAUUAGAAUUGCAACGGGCUAUCAACAAUUAUAAUCACCCUACGAACAAUAGUUAUUUUAUAGAACUUAAAAAACUUGCCAAAAUUGUCUUAAGGGAAACUUAAGGAUGA